AAAAAAAAAAAAGAAUAUAUUUUUGACUCAGCCAGCUCUUGCUUGAUUCGGGAUCAUCCCAAACUCCUGGCGGAGGAAGAGAAAUGGCGAAGAUGGCUCAAGUCCCUGAAGCCUUGGUAGAGGUGACCGUGCACUCCAGUGAAGGGCCGUGUCUGCUUGCGGGCCGUCGCCAGAGAGCCUUGUGCAGGAACGCCAUGCAGGAGAGCUGUAGCUCUAUGGCCUCCCUCGGCACAUUCCCUGCCCAAGGCUCCGAACUGCUCAGCCGGCUGGAUCGAGGGGAAGACGCUUGGGUCCCAGAUCUCCAGAGCUCUGAGGAGAGUGCAGAGGAAGGCCCGGUGAAACCGACGCUGAAGCGAUGGCCGAAGGCAGGGAUGUGGUGGGAUCUGUACAGAAGCCCGGUGAAAUACACCACUACAUCAGAAAGCUCAGAGGAUGAGCAGGAAAGUGAAGCUGAAGAACAGAAACGGCCACGGGGAGGUCGCAAGCUGACGAUCCUUCGUAGGAGCAUACUGGACAUCUUCAAGGGGAAUGGAUGCCAGGGCGUGAAGCAAACGGAAGCCUCCAAGAAUAGGCCUCAGCUGAAGAAGCCCCCACGGGCCCAGCUGGGGAAGAUAAAGUGUAGCGCGACAGAAGUCGGCGACGUUGCUCCGUCCACAGCCAAAAAGAAGGCUUCCGGAAGGGAGCCUCAGAGGACCUGCCCGGACUGUGGCCAGGCCUUCAAAACAAAAGCAUCCCUCCUCAGUCACCAGAAAACUCAUUCUGGCGAGUGCCCCUAUAAAUGUUCUACCUGUGGGGAAAGGUUCACAGCCAAAAAGGCCUUUGCCAAUCACCAGAGAGGCCACGCGGAAGAAAGGGGUUAUAAACACCCCAGCCCAAGGAAGCACCCCAAGGCCUACCUGCGAGAAAGGCCUUUUAAAUGCUCCGAGUGCGGGAUGCGCUUCCAGCGGAAGCGCACCCUGACAGCGCACCUGAAUAGCCAUACGGCAGAGCGGCCCUAUCGAUGCCCCGAGUGUGAGAAAGCCUUCACCCGAAAGGAGAACCUUGACAGACACCAGAAAAUCCACAUGAGGGAGAGGAAGGGCAGCCCUCCCAAGGGAGAGAGAGAAGAGAGGGCGGCCAUUUUCCCUGAUGCUCCUGAGAAGAAUCCUCCUGCAGCCUCUGUCUCUGAGGGAACUUUCUUAUCGGGCCUUGGCGCUGAUAGACAGCAGGGGACGCCCCAAAAUCUCUACAAGUGCCAGUUUUGUGGGAGAUGUAUGCGGACCAAAAGUUUGCUCGUUGAUCAUGAGAGAAUCCACAGGGAAGAGAUGCCCUACAAAUGUUCCCAGUGUCAGAAAAGCUUCCUUCAUAAGUACAGUUUUCUCCAGCAUGAGGCGACCCACUGGAGGAAGGCAGCCUGCGAGCGCCCCGUGAGAAUGAGCGCCAACUAUACCCCCUCUACUUCCAGAAUCUUCCACAUGGCAGAAAAUCUCUCUGCUGUCCCAACGGAUGGAGGGAAAGUCACAAAUGUUUUUAACCUUUCCCAACACACAAGAACUCCAGGCGGGGAACGGGUCUAUAAAUGCCAGUACUGUGGCAAAUGCCUGAGUGGAAGUGGUCCUCUCACCAACCACGAGAAACUCCACAGAAGAGGGAGAUCCUAUAAAUGUCCCUACUGUGUGAAACGUUUCUCUCGAAAGGACAACCUUCUCCAACACAAGGCAACCCACAAAAACAAAAAACCUGUCGGAAGGCCCAGGUUGAAGAGUAGCCGCUCUGUAUCUGAAAGAAUCCACACAGAACUGCAGCCCCAUACGGACGUGAGGGACGGCAUUGUCACUCGCAGCGUGGCUCGUAGCUUAAGCCUUUCCAAGCACCUAAAAACCUACACGGAGAGCAAAGUCUACAAAUGCCAGUACUGCGGGGAGCACACAAGAACAAAAAGUUUGCUCGUCGAUCACGAGAGAAUCCACAAGAGAAAAAAGAAGCCUUACCAAUGUUUGGAGUGUGGGAAAAGCUUCUAUCAGAAGAACUACCUUGCUUCCCACCAGAGAGGCCAUGUGAGGAAAAAGCUCUCCAAACGCUCAGACGCUGACCAAAAAGUGACCACAGACAAUCCCCGCUCCCUGAAGCGUGGGACUCCUCACAGAAGGAAAGUGCUAUGGCGAUGCUUUAAAUGUGGGAAACACUUUGAUUACAAAUAUCACCUCACCAGGCAUCAAAAGACCCACUUGGCAGAAAAGCCCUUCAAAUGUGUGUGUGGGAAAGGGUUCGUUGAGAUGUGGCAUCUGAAGAGACAUGAGAAAACCCAGCUGAACAAGAAAUGCCAUGAAAAGCUCCUCAGGGCUGAGGGGAAAGGUGCCAUUUUGAAUUCUGCAAAUGGCGUCCACCCUGAGGAGAGGAAUCCGGGAGAGCUACCCGUAAACACUGAGCCACCGACAGCAUCAAGCACAGUAGAAAGAAACAUAUUACAGGACACUGAGGAAGAAAACACACGGUCUCUGGCGGCCUUGGCAGAAGCAUCUGAGGUGGAGAUUCUAGACGUUUCUGAGCAGGGAGGAACGCAUGUUCAGGUGCAAGUGGAAUUAUCCGAACAAUCCCAGCAAAACUCCUUACAGAACUGCAGAGAAGAGAACGUCUCUGUCAGCCAGCCAGUGGAAUCUAAGAGAAAGCUAUCAGGAAAAGACCGUGUUACUGUGCGUUACAAGCAAGACGACCACAGCAAAGGUCAGCAGGUCCAUCAAAGACACUGUUCCAAAAGGGCCCGUCUCCAGAGUAACAAGCAGGAAAAAGCCUGUGUCAGGUGGCAAUUGAGAUCACAGGCCAUGAUGUUAAGGAGGAGAUCUAAGCAAAAGAUGCAGCUAGUUGGUGAGCAGGCCAGAUCCUGCUUCUGUCAGCAGGAAGGGCCAAGAAGGAAAGCCAGCCUCCUGCAGGCCUGCAAGAAGGUAAAAACCUGCAGCAGCCCUCAAAGGAACCAAGACACAGCUGCUUCCCCCAAAGGCAACUCGGAAACUGGGAGUUGCACAGCAGGAAACUGCGAUGCUGUUGCCAUCAGAGGGGAAGAAGACCUGCAGGAGUUGUCACCUUUGCCUGGAAGAAGCCCUUUGCAGAGUUGCGAAAGAGCUCAACCUGCAGAUGAACUCCAGAAUGCGUCUCUUCAGAAGAUGGAGAUGUGGCCAAGAUGGAACCCCAGCUCCCCAGAGGCCUGCAAGGAGGUAGAAACUUGCAGCGGGCCUCAAAGGAACCAACACACAGCUGCUUCCCCCAAAGGCAACUCAGACUCUGGCAGUUGCACGUCAGGAGAAUAUGAUGCUGUUUCCAUCGGUGGGCAAGAAGACCUGCAGGAGUUGUCACCCUUGCCUGAAAGAAGCCCUUUGCAGAGUUGCGAAAGAGCCCAAGCUGCAGAUGAACUCCAGAAUGCGUCUCUUCAGAACAUGGAGGAGAUGCCAAGAUGGAACCCCAGCUCCCCAGGGGUCUGCAAGGAGGUAGAAACUUGCAGCGGCCCCCAAAGGAACCAACACACAGCUGCUUCCCCCAACAGCAACUCAGACUCUUGGAGUAGCAUGACAGUAAACUGCGAUGCCCUUGAUAUCGUUGGGCAAGAAGACCUGCCGGAGUUGUCACCCUUGCCUGGAAGAAGCCCUUUGCAGAGCUGCAAAGGAGCCCAAGCUGCAGAUGAACUCCAGAAUGCAUCUCUUCAGAACAUGGAGGAGAUGACAAGAUGGGAACCCAGCUCCCCAGAGGCCUGUAAGGAGGUAGAAACUUGCAGUGGCCCUCAAAGGAACCAACACACAGCUGCUUCCCCCAUAGGCAACUCAGACUCUUGGAGUUGCACGUCAGGAGAAUAUGAUGCUGUUUCCAUCAGAGGGGAAGAAGACCUGCAGGCGUUGUCACCCUUGCCUGAAAGAAGCCCUUUGCAGAGCUGCGAAAGAGCCCAACCUGCAGAUGAACUCCAGAAUGCGUCUCUUCAGAACAUGGAGGAGAUGCCAAGAUGGAACCCCAGCUCCCCAGGGGUCUGCAAGGAGGUAGAAGCUUGCAGCGGGCCUCAAAGAAACCAACACAUAGCUACAUCCUCCAGUUUGCUCAGAGGUUCCCCAAAGGACUGCGAACCAGGAGAAUGGAGCUUCUGCCUGUCAUCACAGACAACGUUCUCCACAAAAUCCGAACCAGAGACUAUCAGAAGUGCCACACUAGGGAUGUUGACCACUGCUACAUCCAAGAAGGGGCCAAAAAAAGUGCUGGAAAGGGAAUGCAACGGCAACUCGGAAACUGGGAGUUGCACGUCUGGAGAAUAUGAUGUUGUUGCCAUCGGUGGGCAAGAAGACCUGCAGGACUUGUCAUCCUUGCCUGAAAGAAGCCCUUUGCAGAGCUGCGAAAGAGCCCAAGCUGCAGAUAAACUCCAGAAUGUGUCUCUUCAGAACAUGGAGGAAAUGCCAAGAUGGAACCCCAGCCCCCUAGAGUCCUGUAAGGAGGUAGAAACUUGCAGUGGGCCUCAAAGGAAUCAACAUACAGCUACUUCCCCCAAAGGCAACUCAGACUCUGGGAGUUGCACGUCAGGAGACUAUGAUGCUGUUUCCAUCGGUGGGCAAGAAGACCUGCAGGAGUUGUCACCCUUGCCUGAAAGAAGCCCUUUGCAGAGCUGCGAAAGAGCCCAACCUGCAGAUGAACUCCAGAAUGUGUCUCUUCAGAACAUGGAGAUAUGGCCAAGAUGGAACCCCAGCUCCCCAGGGGCUUGCAAGGAGGUAGAAGCUUGCAGCGGGCCUCAAAAGAAUCAACACACAGCUGCUUCCUCCAGUUUGCUCAGAAGUUCCCCAAAGGGCUUCGAACCAGCAGAACCCAGCUUGUGCUUGCCAUCCCAGAUAUUGUUCUCCACAAAAUCCGAACCAGAAACUAUCAGAAGUGCCUCACUAGAGAUGUUGAUCACUGCUGCAUUGAAGAAGGGGCCAAGGGAAGGGCUGGAAAGGGAAUCCGAAGGCAACUCGGAAACUGGGAGUUGCACGUCAGGAGAAUAUGAAGCCAUUGCCAUCGGUGGGCAAGAGGACCUGCCGGAGUUGUCACCCUUGCCUGAAAGAAGCCCUUUGCAGAGUUGUGAAAGAGCCCACGCUGCAGAUGAACUCCAGAAUGUGUCUCUUCAGAACAUGGAGGAAAUGCCAAGAUGGGAACCCAGCUCCCCAGAGGCCUUCAAGGAGGUAGAAACUUGCAGCGGCCCUCAAAGAAACCAACACACAGCUGCUUCCCCCAACAGCAACUCAGACUCUUGGAGUAGCAUGACAGUAAACUGCGAUUCCCUUGAUAUCGUUGAGCAAGAAGACCUGCAGGAGUUGUCACCCUUGCCUGGAAGAAGCCCUUUGCAGAGUUGUGAAAGAGCUCAACCUGCAGAUGAACUCCAGAAUGCGUCUCUUCAGAAGAUGGAGAUGUGGCCAAGAUGGAACCCCAGCUCCCCAGAGGCCUGCAAGGAGGUAGAAACUUGCAGCGGCCCUCAAAGGAACCAACACACAGCUGCUUCCUCCAGUUUGCUCAGAAGUUCCCCAAAGGGCUGUGAACCAGGAGAACGGAGCUACUGCCUGCCAUCCCAGACAACGUUCUCCACAAAAUCCGAACCAGAGACUAUCAGAAGUGCUGCACUGGAGAUGUUGACUGCUGCUGCAUUGAAGAAGGGGCCAAGGGAAGGGCUGGAAAGGGAAUCCGAAGACAACUCGGAAACUGGGAGUUGCACGUCAGGAGAAUAUGAUGUUGUUAUCAUCGGUGAGCAAGAAGACCUGCAGGAGUUGUCACCCUUGCCUGAAAGAAGCCCUCUGCAGAGUUGUGAAAGAGCCCACGCUGCAGAUGAACUCCAGAAUGUUUCUCUUCAGAACAUGGAGGAAAUGCCAAGAUGGCAGAAUGUGUCUCUUCAGAACAUGGAGGAAAUGCCAAGAUGGAACCCCAGCCCCCUAGAGGCCUGUAAGGAGGUAGAAACUUGCAGCGGCCCUCAAAGGAAUCAACACACAGCUGCUUCACCCAAAGGCAACUCAGACUCUGGGAGUUGCACGUCAGGAGACUAUGAUGUUGUUGUCAUUGGUGGCCAAGAAGACCUGCAGGAGUUGUCACCCUUGCCUGAAAGAAGCCCUCUGCAGAGUUGUGAAAGAGCCCAGGCUGCAGAUGAACUCCAGAAUGUUUGCAGCGGGCCUCAAAGGAACCAACACACAGCUGCUUCCCCCAAAGGCAACUCAGACUCUGGCAGUUGCACGUCAGGAGAAUAUGAUGUUGUUGUCAUCGGUGGGCAAGAAGACCUGCCGGAGUUGUCACCCUUGCCUGGAAGAAGCCCUUUGCAGAGCUGCGAAAGAGCCCAACCUGCAGAUGAACUCCAGAAUGCCCACCAGCAGCCCAAAGUGCGGCUGACACUGUCGGGAGAAGCAGGUAACACAUCUCUGCGGAUCUGCAAGAAGGAGAGAGGCAGUGAUGAGCCACAGACUCCGAUGGCAGCAGAACCCCAAAGCCAUAAAUCUUGGGACAAGGGUGUUCCCAGGGAGUGGAAAUCGGAGGAAACAGAGCCGAGGUAUGAGUGCAGCUACUGUCACCAGUUCUUCGAGAACCAAGACCAGCUUGUGAGACAUGAGAACGCACACAAGAGGAGGCCCUAUCUGUGCACUCACUGCGGGAAGGGCUUCCCUUCUGCACAUGCCCGGACCAUCCACACGCGAAUCCACACGGGGGAGAAGCCCUUCAAAUGCCCCGAGUGCGACUUUCGCUGCUAUGCGAGCGCCAACCUCAACAAGCACAGGAGAACCCACAGCCGGGAAAGUCCCCACCUUUGCGUGCUGUGUGGGCAGAGCUUCUGGUUCAGCCACAGCCUCGCCGUGCACCGGCAGAUGCACAGCGGGAAGGAGACGUACACCUGCGCCGACUGCGGGCAGAUGUUCCUGCGCAAGAACUUGCUCAUUUUGCACAGGAAGUACAAGCACCAGUCGGGAGCUGUGUAACUGGGCUGUUUGGUUGAGGGGCAGCCUCUCCCUUCCCCUGGAGAGGUCAGCUCCGAGGGAGCAUGCUUGGCGCAACAGACCAACCUAAGCUGAGACUGCAAUCGGCACACUUGCGCGCUGUAACUUUGGCUGCUGUUUUGAUCAGGCUCCCAAGCAAACUCUUGCGACAGCCACGCCCUGACUCCGAACUAUGCUAGCUUUGUCCCUUCUUGCAUCUCUCCCAGUUGCACCAGGAACCCGGGGGGGGGGGGUUUGAGCCCCACAAUCCUCUAUAUGGUGAAAGGACAGUGGAAGCCGAUAUGGGCCAAGCCCCUUGGCAAGAUGGAGAGAUAUUUGCCUUCCUGAGCCUUGGCAGGCAGGGAUGGAGGAAAGAUCGACUUUAUCUCCAAUGGCUCUCCCUUGUGCGCUUUCAUCCCUUCCGAUGCGUCCAAAAUAUCAAGCUUGCUUUGGCAGGUCUGCUGGGAAGGGGUGUACAGAUCCCUGCUCUGCCACUGCUGGGCUUUUUUGGCCUGACCUUGUCUCUCACGUCAUGCAGCCGUUGAGAACGGAUUCUGGGCUGAGAAAUGCCGCCCCCACUCCCAUCUGCACUGUGACCACUAUUCUGAUCUGAAAGACAUUUUUUUUUGCUCCUACGUAAAGUAAGACUGUUUUUUAAAUCCAGCCUACGUCCUCCUUUGUCUGUAUGUGACACAACUUGCCUGACCUGGCUGUUGUCUGGUUGUUAGUUCUUGAAAAUCUCUAGGUCCAAAUUUUUUAAUGUCAUUUUCCUGAUAAGAACCCCUGCCGCUUUUGCACCAGACACCCCUAUCCAUGGCACAAAUAACCUCCGAAGUGGGAAGAGGGUAUCUGAAAAAAACAACCCCCUCAACCUGCCUCCAGGUUGGGGAUUUAUCCUGUGUGGUUUUUGUUCUCCUACCUCAUACAUCCUGCGUUAGAGCAAGGAUAGAGGGGGGCCUUUGGUCCUCCAGAUGUUUGGUGGACUACAACUUCCAUCACCCCUGACCAUUGGCCAUGCUGGCUGGGGCUGAUGGGGAGUUGUAGUCCAUUAUCUGCCACCGAGCAAAGCUUGGUGAGACCAUACACCUUCUGCCCUUCGGACAAGAAAUUCAGUCCUGAUGGGCUCUCCCUUAAUGGCCUUUUAACACAUGUGGAUGUAGGAAAACGCAAUUUCCGCCAGAAUAAAAACCUGUUACAUACA